GAAGAGAGACGUGGAGUUGCCAAGCUCCUCUGCCGGCUCCAGAGGCGGUGAGUUGUUGUUGCUGUUGUUGUUGUUCGGGGGUCAAGAUGAGCAGCCCCUGUCUGCUGCGUGCCGCCCCCAUCAGCCAACCCCGGCUCAGAGAGGUCAAGAUCAGCCUGAAGGCCAGCAGCAGGGAGACCGCCGCCGUCCGGACUGCAAGCGGAGGGUCCAAGGAGGCCGCCAGUCGGAACUACGCCCCGGCCGAGAAAGAGACGCCCACGAGGGUCGGAUUGAGCAGCAGCAGGAGCAGGAGCACCCCGCCGGUCCACCGGGCCCAAAGCAAGAAGAGCCAGAGGGGAAGCGGCGGCAGCAAGCAUCCGGAGCCGGAGCACCACCCGGAGAGGAAUGGCACCCUCCUCCACGUCCCGAUGGCCUCCACGCCAGCCGGGCUCUCCCCUUUCUCCUCGUCCUCCUCUUCUUCGUCCUCCUGCACCCCCAGACGUCAGCGGGCCUCUCACCCUCACCCUCCCCCCCCAGCCGCCCCGAUCCUCUCCUCCUCCUCCUCGUCCUCCUCGGCCAAGAGUAUGAAGCGAGCGCGCUGGCUGAGUUACAGUACCUCCAACAUCUCCUUCAACUCCAUCCUGGACGGACGCUUCAGGCAGCUGCAAGAUGAGCGCGAGGCGGUUCAGAAGAAGACCUUCACUAAAUGGGUCAACUCCAUCCUGUCCCGGGUCGGCUGUCGCAUCUCUGACCUGUACUUGGACCUGCGGGAUGGACGGAUGCUCAUUAAACUGCUGGAGGUGCUGUCUGGGGAGCGACUGCCAAAACCCACUAAAGGCCGGAUGCGAAUCCACUGUUUGGAGAAUGUGGACAAGGCGCUGCAGUUCCUCAAAGAACAGAGGGUCCAUCUGGAGAACAUGGGCUCCCACGAUAUCGUCGACGGCAACCAUCGUCUCAUCCUCGGACUCAUUUGGACCAUCAUCCUGCGUUUCCAGAUCCAGGACAUUAUCGUGGAAACGGGCCAGGCGGACCAGAAGGAGACGCGCUCGGCCAAGGAUGCUCUUCUUCUGUGGUGUCAGAUGAAAACGGCAGGAUACCCCAAUGUCAACAUCACAAACUUCACCACCAGCUGGAAAGAUGGCAUGGCCUUCAACGCUCUCAUACACAAACACCGGCCAGAUCUGCUGGACUAUAACAGCCUGAAGAGGUCCAACCCGACCCACAACCUCCAGAACGCCUUCAACGUGGCAGAGCAGAAGCUUGGUGUGACCAAACUCUUAGACCCAGAAGAUGUGUUCACUGAGAACCCCGACGAGAAGUCCAUCAUCACAUACGUCGUGGCAUUUUACCACUACUUCUCAAAGAUGAAGCAGCUUGCUGUUGAGGGCAAAAGAGUUGGAAAGGUCUUGGAUCACGCCAUCGAAACGGAGAAGAUGAUCGAUAAAUACGAGACUCUGGCGUCAGACCUGCUGACGUGGAUCGAGCAAACCAUCAUCGUGCUGAACAACCGCAAACUUGCCAACUCUUUGACGGGAGUCCAGCAGCAGCUUCAGGCCUUUAACACCUACCGAACAGUAGAGAAGCCGCCCAAGUUCCAGGAGAAAGGCAACCUGGAGGUGCUGCUGUUUACCAUCCAGAGUUGUAUGAGGGCCAACAAUCAGAGGGUUUACACGCCUAAAGAGGGAGCCCUGGUUGCAGAUAUUAACAGGGCCUGGGAGCGUCUGGAAAGGGCGGAGCAUGAGCGGGAGCGAGUCCUGAGAGACGAGCUGAUCAGACAGGAGAAGCUGGAACAGAUGGCGAGAAGAUUUGACAGGAAGGCGGCCAUGAGGGAGACCUGGCUCCUGGAGAACCAGAGACUCGUGGCUCAGGAUAACUUUGGCUACGACCUGCCAGCCGUGGAAGCAGCAAAGAAGAAACACGAUGCCAUUGAGACGGACAUUGCAGCAUAUGAGGAACGUGUUAAGGCCUUGGUGAACAUCUCCAAGGAGCUGGAGUCUGAGCGUUACCACGAUGCCAAAAGGAUCGACGUUCGCAAAGACAACAUCCUGCGUCUUUGGGACUAUUUACAGGAGCUGCUGAAGGCUCGAAGAGGGCGUCUGGAUAAGAACCUGACCCUGCAGAGGAUCUUCCAGGAGAUGCUGCACAUCAUCAGCUGGAUGGAUGACAUGAAGGCUCGGCUGCUGUCUCCUGACUUUGGGAAACACUUGCUGGAAGUAGAAGACUUGUUGCAAAAACAUGCUCUGGUGGAGAACGACAUCGCUCUGCAGGCCGAGAGGGUACAGAGCGCCAGCGCUUCUGCUCUCAAGUUCGCCAACGGAGAUAGCUAUAAACCGUGUGAUCCCCAGGUGAUCCGGGACAGAGUCCAGCACCUGGACCUGUGCUACCAGGAGCUUUGCGCUCUGGCUGCCCAGCGAAGAGCUCGCCUGGAGCAGUCUCGCCUCUUCUGGAACUUCCUGUGGGAGGUGACGGAGCUGGAGAGCUGGAUCAGGGAGAAGGAGCACAUCUUCUCCUCCAUGGAUUAUGGCAAGGACCUGACGAGCGUUUUGGUGCUCCAGAGCAAACACAGCGCCUUCGAGGAUGAGCUCGGAGCUCGCCGAGCCAACCUGGAGCAGCUCUUAGCCGAGGGGGAGAAGAUGAUCCAGGCCAAACACUUUGGCUCCCCGAAGGUUCAGGAGAGCAUGGACGACAUCCGGAGGCAGUGGCAGCAGCUGGAGGAACUGGCUGCAUUUCGAAAGCAGAACCUCCAGGAUACCCAGACGUUCUUCCAGUUUCAGGGAGAUGCUGAUGAGCUCAAGGCCUGGCUGCUGGACGCCAAGAGACAGAUGAGCAGCGACGACGUCGGUCACGAUGAGUACACAACUCAGCGGCUACUGAAAAAGCACAACAACCUGAAAAAUGAAGCGAUCAAGAACGGAGCCACUAUUGACGCUCUGUCCAAACAGGCCAACGGACUGCCAGAGGAGCUACAGAACACCCCUGAUAUCCAGAGACGACUGAAAGACAUCAAGGACCUUUACAUGGAGCUCAUGUCUCUGGCUGACCUGAGACAGAAGAAGCUGGAUGACAGUAUGGCUCUGUACACCAUCUUCAGUGAGACGGACGCAUGCGAACUCUGGAUGGGCCAGAAGGAGACGUGGUUGGUGGGUUUGGAGGUGCCUGAGAAGCUGGAGGAUCUGGAAGUUGUUCAGAACAGGUUAAGCAUUUUAGCUCAAGAUAUGGCAAAUGUUCAGUCGAGAGUGGAUGAUGUCAACAAAGCUGUGAAGCAGCUCGAGGACAGCAGACACCCUCGCACCAAAGAGGUCAAGGAUUGUCAGACGAGACUGAACAAGAGGUGGGAGGCGUUUAAGGCCAUGGUGGAGGACAAGAAGAGGAAAACAGAUUCUGCUGUUAGUCUGCAGAACUAUGGGCUGGAAUGUGAUGAGACAGAAGCUUGGAUCAAAGACAAGACUCGAGUGAUAGAGUCCACACAGGACUUGGGCAAUGACCUGGCAGCGGUGAUGACCAUCCAGAGGAAGCUGUUCGGCAUGGAGAGAGAUUUAGCCGCCAUCGACACCAAACUCACCUUCCUGAGGAAAGAGGCCGACCAGCUGGCCCAGGACCACCCGGAGAACGCUGCGGACAUCCUUGCCCGAAGAGGAGAGCUGGACGAUGCCUGGGACACGCUCAGAAAGACCUUGAAAGACCGAGAGGACUCCUUGGGCGAAGUCAGCAAGUUACAGACCUUCCUCCAAGACAUGGAUGACUUCCAGUCCUGGCUUUUCAAGACCCAGAAAGCCGUGGCGUCUGAAGAAAUGCCCGCUACGCUGCCAGAGGCCGAGGAGCAGCUGAGCCUUCACGACGCCGUGCGCGAAGACAUCAACAACCAUGAAGAGGACUACCAUCGCGUGAGGGACACCGGUGCUCAGGUCACCCAGGGUCAGGAGGACGAUCCUCAGUACCAGCAGCUGCUCCAGAGGCUGAACGGCAUGGACCGCGGCUGGUACGAACUCCAGAAGAUGUGGGACAGUCGCAAGAACUUCCUGGACCAGGGACUGGGCUUCCAGCAGUUCAUGAGGGACGGUAAAGCUGUGGAGGCCAUCCUCAACAACCAGGAGUACACCUUGGCCCACAUAGACAAACCUGACACUCUGGACGGAGCAGAGAAGGCUCUGAAGAAGCAUGAGGACUUUGUGAGCACCAUGGAGGCCAACGUGGAUAAGAUCGAUGGCGCUGUGCAGGGCGGGCAACGUCUGGUGGACAGCAAUAACCUGUACUCUGGGAAAGUUCAGGAGAAGAUGGACUCAAUCAAGGACAGGCAUAACAAGAAUAAAAGAAGAGCUGAAGAGGUGUCUGAAAAGCUCAGAGAUAACCGUGACCUGCAGCACUUCCUGCAAAACACUCAAGAUCUGACUGUGUGGAUCAAUGAGAAGAUGCUGACAGCACAGGACACAUCGUACGAUGAGGCCAGAAACCUCCACAGCAAAUGGCUCAAACAUCAGGCCUUUAUGGCCGAGCUGGCUUCCAACAAGGACUGGCUCAACAAAGUAGACCAGGAGGGUCAGGAGCUCAUGGAGUCCAAGCCUGAGUUCGAGCCUAUUGUUAAGGAGCGUCUGGCUAAGCUCCAUGAGCUGUGGGACAAACUGGAGUCCACCACCCAGGAGAAGGCCCGGCUGCUGUUCGAUGCCAACCGCUCGGAGCUUUUCGACCAGAGCCAGGCCGACAUGAAGAAGUGGCUCGGUGAGCUGCAGCAGCAGCUACAGAGUGGAGACGAGGACGUUAAAGACCUGACCAACGCCAACAUCCUGCUCAAAAAGCAUCAGAUGACAGAGAACCAGGUCCGUGACCGGGCGAGGGAGCUGGAGGAGCUCCAGGAGGCCGUUAGGAAGCACGGCGGAGGCAGGGAGGACCAGCCGGAGCUGGAGGCCGAGCAGCAGGCCCUGCAGAGGGAAUUCCAGCAGCUGCUCACACCACUGGCCCAGCGCAAGGGCAAGCUGGAGGCCGCCAAGGCUGUGCAUCAGUUCUACAGAGACCUGGCUGAUGAACUUCUCUGGAUUGAAGAAAGGAUGCCCCUGGCAAUGUCACAAGAGCACGGCCACAAUCUUCAGACUGUGGAAAUGCUGUCGAAGAAGAACCAGACGCUGCAGAGGGAGAUCGAGGGCCACCAGCCUCGUGUUGACGAAGUACUCGAGCGAGGGAGGAGGAUGGCAUCUGCCGCCAGUGCGGAGGGCAGGCCGGAGGCUGAGCGAAUCACGGAGCAGCUGAAGGAGCUGGAGGAGGCGUGGGCCCGGCUGCAGGACGAGAUGGCCAAGCGCCGGGAGAGGCUGAACGGCUCCAACUUGGCCCAGCAGUACUACAACGACGCAGACGAGGCCGAGGCCUGGAUAGGGGAGCAGGAGCUCUACAUGAUCGCUGAUGAGAAGGCCAAGGAUGAACAAAGUGCCAUGCUGAUGCUGAAGCGCCACAUGAUCCUGAAGCAGGCGGUGGGUGAUUAUUCCGACUCCAUUCAGAAGCUGGCUGACCGCGCCCAAAAGAUGUUUACAGAGGACCAUCCGGAUGGGGAGGAGAUCAUCAGGCGACAGGGCCAGGUGGAUAAGCAGUACGCCAGUCUGAAGGAGCUGGCAGAGGACCGCAGGAAGAAGCUGGACCACACCUACCACCACUUCCUGUUGAGCCGAGAGGUGGAGGACCUGGAGCAGUGGAUCGCAGAGAGGGACGUGGUGGCCUCGUCUCAGGAGAUGGGCCAGGACCUGGACCAUGUCACGCUUCUGAGGGAUAAAUUCAGAGACUUUACACGGGAGACGGGGAUGGUUGGCCAGGAAAGAGUGGACAUGGUCAACCAGACGAUAGACGAGCUGAUCGAAGCCGGACACACCGAGGCGGCCGCCAUGGCGGAGUGGAAGGACGGCAUCAAUGAGAGCUGGGCUGAUCUGCUGGAGCUCAUCGACACUCGAGCUCAGCUGCUCACGGCUUCUUACGAACUGCUCAAGUACUUCGAUGAUGGAAAGGAGCUGGUGGCUCAGAUCCACGAGAAGCAGAACGAGCUGCCUGAAGAUGUGGGUGAGGACUUCAGCAAAGCAGAGUCCUUCCACAGAAUGCACGCCGCCUUUGAGAGAGACAUCAGCGCUCUUGGCAAACAGGUUCAACAGUUCCAGGAGACGGCUUCAAGGCUUCAUGCCCAGUAUGCAGGCGACAGAGCGGACGCCAUCCAGGCCACAGAGCGGGAGGUGGUGGAGGCCUGGAAGGGGCUGCUGGACGCCAGCGACGGCCGCCGAGCCCAACUGGUGGACACGGCGGAGAAGUUCCGGUUCUUCACGAUGGUGCGAGACCUGAUGGCCUGGAUGGAGAGCAUCAUCCAGCAGAUAGAGACUCAGGAGAAGCCGAGGGAUGUCUCAUCCGUGGAGCUCCUGCAGAAGUACCACCAGGGGAUCCGCUCUGAGAUUGAAACCAGGGGAGCCAAAUUCACUGACUGCACAGACCUCGGGAAGGCCCUGCUGACACGCAAGCACCGAGACUCUGCUGAGAUCAAAGAGAAGCUCAUGCAGCUGAUGGACAAAAGGAAGGAGAUGAUGUUCAAGUGGGACGACAGAUGGGACUGGCUGCGGCUCUUGUUGGAGGUGUGUCAGUUUGCGCGAGACGCCUCGGUGGCUGAGGCCUGGCUGGUCGCUCAAGAGCCCUACGUGACCAGCAGAGAUCUGGGUCAGACUGUGGACGAGGUAGAGAAACUCCUCAAGAGGCACGAGGCCUUCGAGAAAUCCACCGCCACUUGGGAGGAGCGAUUUUCUGCACUGGAGCGCCUCACUACGCUGGAGUUGCUGGAGUUGAGGAAGCAGCAGCAGGAGAUGGAGCAGUUCAUUAAAGAAGAGCAACGUUCAGAUAAAGACAGCAGGAGAGAAGAUACAGGCUUUGUAGAAGAAUCUUCACAGCUCUACACUAUUGAGGAGCAGACUCUGUCUGGUGCAGUGGAGCCCAGUUCAGGUCUGCUGGAGGGGACGGCCGGUGACUCCACGGUGCCCAUAGUGUCGGAAAUAAGAGAGAGCGCCUCUCUGGAGCUGGAGCCUUCUCUCUCAUCGGUGACCCCUAAAGAGCCAGAGAGGGCAGCCACCAUGCCCAUGGAGCCCCUCAGAGCGCAGACGGUGCUGCAGGAGGGCAUGCUGGGACGCAAACAUGACGUGGAGGGCUCCGGAAAGAAGGCCUCAAAUAGGUCAUGGAACAACCUGUACUGUGUCCUGAAGCCGGGGCAGCUCUCGGCCUAUAAGGAUGCUAAAAGCUUUGGCCAUGGAGUGACGUAUCACGGCGAGGACCCUCUAUCUCUCAGUAACGCCAGCUGGGAGAUGCUCACCAACUACAAGAAAAAGAAGCACGUCGCCAAACUACGUCUUGCAGACGGCAGCGAGUACUUGUUCCAGUGUAAAGACGAGGAGGAGCUCCAGCGUUGGAGCCAGGCCAUGGAGAAGGCUGUUCAGUCCCUGGCAGCGGAGGAGGCGUCGGGGCCCUCAGGGGCCAAAGCCCACAGCCUGCCCCCUCCCUCCUCCUCAGCUGCCCUCCCUGAGCCCAGCUCUGCCAAGAAAGACAAGGAGAAGAAGUUCAGUCGCUUUGCCAAGAAGAAAUAAAAGGAGAUGGCGGGGAGGGGGGUAGUUGCCUAGGCAACCUGGAAGGAGAAAGUCGCAUUUGUGUACAAUCAGUCAGAGCGAGCUUUUUAAAUCACCACAUUUUUUUUUUUUAUAUUCUUUUGUGAGAAUUAAAUAUUGUAGUUUAGGUUAAAGCCACCACUCUUUUGCCUGUAUUUAAGCCAGUGUAUGACUACAAAAAAGGUCCACUUUUAUUUUUUUUCAUUUUGUGUUCUUUUUAACAAAUGCCAAAUUCAAAGCAUUAAAUUAAAGCACAGGAAUGCUCCUUUCACACUCAACCAAAGAAUAUUUGUAAUACUUUUUGUUAACUUAGCUGCAUUUUUUUCCCGUUUCAGUAAGGCAUGCUUUGAUAUAGCUGUGUACAAUAUGAAGGCCUGUAAUGAAAAUAGGGUGACUCAAGAGUACUGAAGAGUACUUGUACUAAUCUGCCUUAUAAAAUGGUUGUGAACUGUAAUACUGUGCUGUUUGAAUCUGGAGCACUAAAUGCUACUUCUAGAGCCCAGAGUGAAUUUAAUGAUCUUUGAAAAGCUUUGUAAAUGCCGUGUAAAGAUUUGAUGAUGACUAAACCGUAGUGCAGUGCUGCACAGUGCAGACACACACCCUGUGUAAUUGCAGUUAUGCAAACUAAACGCUCUAUGCACUGUGAAGGGUCUGACUGUUGAGAUUUUUAAUUGGUUGCUGACGACAUGCGAGCAGUCACGAGACACCACAAGCAGUUGGUUCUGAAUAUGGAUCCUUUCAGGCUGUAUUCUCAACUGAACUGUGGCAGUAUUUAUUUCUGUGAACUUGAAAUAUAUUCAACACUUGUGUAUUAAACUCUUAAUUUCAUAUCUAUUCAUUAACAUAUAUACAUAUACAGUAUAUAUAUCUCCAUGCAUGAAGUAUGUUUUACCUUAGUUUGAUAUGGUGCUAUUGUGACAUUCUUGAAAUUUCAAGCAAGACCAACUUGACCUGCCUUAUUUGUCUUCAACUUUGGCUUGUAGUACUACACAUUUGGAAAUGCAUUCACUUACUAUAUCUGAGGGGUGUUUCAUAAAGGUGGUUUGGAAAAGCAACAACACAACCAGGAUUAAUCUGUUUGCCCAAUUAAGUCUGGACAAACAAACCUAUCGAACAAAACCGACAAAGACAAAAAUGUUUAUGGGCACAGAGCAGCACAUAUUAAACACCCAGAUUGCAGAAAUGAGCAAAAAAACCCACUGCUUUUAACAGAACAAAAAGCUAAUUCUGUCACAGUGCUGUGGGUCAGUGGUGAGAAUGUCUCGGUUAAUUGCAGGGCUCUUCCUGUAAUUAUGACUUGGUGGGCUCAAGUCCCAUGUGGGACACGUUGUUACUUGUGUAGGAAAUGUAAAAAAAAGUUAAUGUGCAUCUGCAAAAACCAUUAAAGAACUUAAAUAAUUAGUAAGACCACAAUACAAGAAGAUAAUUAGCAUAUUUUAGAAACUAAAAGUUAUCAAUUUGCUCCUUUAGCUUUGUUUUGUGUGACAGAGAGAACGAACUGCAAAUGGGCCAGUUGUUUUUACUUUAUUUUAAUAGCAAUGCAUUUAAAGUCUGAAUAAAAAUGAGACCAAAUCGGUUCAAAUUUUAAGUACACAAAAUGUGCUGCAUGCGUCAAAAACGUAUUGCACAAAAUCGCUUCAUUAAAAGUCAAUCAAAAAGACUAAAUGCUUGCAAAGACACUUGAAAUGAUCACAAAAUAACUCGAGACAGAGAAUGCCUACAGGGAGGUGUAAAAACAUGACAGAAAACAAAGGGAUGGAAAACGAUUCCAAGCAAAAGCAGAACUACCACAAACCAACUACAGAGACAGAAAAUGAGAUGCAAAACAAUGACACAAACCAACUGCAAACUUACAAAUGCUUGUUUUGCAUCUUUUUUUAGUCUAUAAAUCUUAUUGUAAUGUAUGAGGAGUGUCUGUGCCCAGGGGCCCAGAAUUAAACCUCCUUUAUGAAAUAAAUAGUAGCCAUGAAAUAAGCUGAAUUUAAUUGGCAAUCCUGACUUUGUGAAACACCCCUCUGGUUGCUAGGUUUUUACCUUCUUGACGACUUAAUACAAAUGUUUAAAUUUUUAAAUCAGGUGCUCGUAUUUGUAAAAGCAUAUUUAAAAACCAGCCAAAGUCUAGGACAAGCUGAGGGUCGGAUGAAUCUUGACUGCUUUUCCAAAACCAUACAACAGGAAGGCCAGGAUCAUACAGUAGCAGUACGGCGCUGAGGGGAUGUGUCUUUGAUAUGAAUGUAAGGGAAGGGAUAAUGAGGAGAUUCUUGAACAAUAAAACCAUAACAGAAUUCGGCAUUUUAAAUCCAUACAUGCAAAGUAAAGUGCAUGGAAUUGCAUUUAUAGAUAAUAAUUCCUCUCUCACAGUCUCCCACUGCUGUUUUUGCCUUCAACUGCGGGCUCAAGUGACCUCAAUAAAACGAUGGGAGUGUAGAAAGACAAACAAGACUGUUCAGCUCAAGAGUUUCUCCAGGAAAUGUGGUAGCAUCAUGAUGAUCUCUGCCUAGAUUAUCUACAGUAAUUAAUAAAUCUAAAAUCUCGUCGUCUAAACACAACAGAAAAGUUUCCGAGUGUGAGCAGAACGUCAUGUCUAUGCUACUAGUAUCAGCAGCCAUAUGUUUCUGGUAUAAACACACCUCGAAAUGGUUUGACAAACUUGCAUCACAUGUAUUGUCUUGUUUUUUAAUUUUUUUUGGUCACUAUAUCUCCAGAUUGUGACACUUCUGCUCAUCCACUUUGGUUUUAUUCCACCACUUCUUCCCCUCGUACCUGCCUUUUUCUGUUCAGUGGUUUUUAAAUCUGCAUUUUGUACUCUCUAGCUAUGUAAAAUAUCCCAAAAAAAAAAUAAUGUUGACAGAAAACAUCGAAUACAUUUUGAGAGAAUAAAAGUUUAAUUUUAAACUCCUGAAAGUA